AUGAAUGAGGCAAUACAAAAGAUGAGGGCUCGUAUGCAAACGACUCAGAGCAGACAGAAGAGCUAUGUCGAUGUAAGACGUAAGAACCUGGAAUUUCAGAUUGGUGUGAAAGUGUUCUUAAAGGUGGCACCCAUGAAAGGUAUUCUGAGGUUUGGCAGGAAGGGGAAAUUGAGUCUGAGAUUCAUUGGAAUUUUUGAGGUCCUAGAGUGGGUUGGCCCUGUAGCUUACCGAUUGGCAUUGCCCCCAGCACUGUCUUCAAUUCAUAAUGUCUUCCAUGUUUCGAUGCUAAGGAAGUAUGUGGCAGACCCAUCCCAUGUAGUUAACUUCGAGCCCUUGCAGUUGAAUGACAACUUGAGCUACGAAGAGAAGCCUGUAGAGAUCCUCGCCAGAGAAGUAAAGACAUUGCACCGCAGGGAAAUUGCUUUUGUGAAAGUUUUGUGGUAG